UAAUUCAUCGCAUAGACAAUGUAAAUAGGUAAUGUUCGAGCUCAGACUGGUUUUAAGUUUAUUCUAAGAGUGAUAAACCUUAAGUUUCUCCUCGAUAGCCCUGCAGGUCGGUUCAGGCAGGAUUAUGGAAGAAUCUCAACGCCCCUUCGGGAACUCCACAGAGAACGGGUCGCCAUCUUUGUGUGCCCCUGUAGGAGUCUCUAAGCGGAGCGGACUGAACACAUUUUAUAAAAAUGACAACCAAGAAGAAGCGCUCUCCGCACACUGCGACUGACAGCUGGGUGGUCAUUGCUGCAGACUCAGCACUGGAAACAGAAAAGCCACAGAAUGGUGAUCCAACAUUCGUCAAACUCAAGAACCCUGCCACAGGUGCUACCUCUCAAUACCUGUUCAGCAGUGGGGAUGAGCGUGUAUAUGAGGUUAAGGCAUUUAAUGAAGAGUACCGGUCUUGGUUUAUUGGUCAGAUGGUCCAGAGAGAUGGCAGACUAUUGUAUGUAACUCCUGUUGACCCAGUAUUUCUGGUGUUGCCAUACCUGCAGAGUGGUGAAGUGGAGGGGAAGUUCCAGCCGCUGCAGCAGGUGGUAAUGGAUGAAGAUUACCCUGCUUGCACGAGGCUUUUGAAAUGCGAACAAGCUUUGGAAUCCGUUCACCAUGUGGCAGAUGAGAAAGAGGUGAGCAGUCAGAAGUUUCACAGAUAUAACCAGGAGAAGACGCUGGAGUGGCUGAAGAAAAAGGUGGAGAAUACAGUGACUGCCCUUAAGAAGACUGAUAUUGCUGUUGGUGGAGCAGUGAAAUCCACUACAUAUGUUCGAGUUAAACAGGAAUCAGAUGCCACUGAAGAAGACUAUUUGCGCUAUGCUCAUGGACUCAUUUCAGAGUACAUCAGUGAAGAACUCAGCAAAGACCUUCACAAACACCUGCAGUUGCCAGAAAUUUCCAGCCCUAAAGUGGAACCCCCUUCAAAGAAAAGGAAACUGUCUGAUAAACCUGUUGAGGCGGGAGAAGACUACACCAAAUUCAACAGCUCCGACUUCGCCCGAAAAGCUCCUAAGAAGAUGACUGCAGCACAGAAGUCUCUGGCCAAAGUGGACAAAUCUGGAAUGAAGAGCAUGUCUGCCUUUUUUAGUCCAAAAGUCAAACAGGAAAAGAAUUGAGCGAGUGUGUUGUCUGUGUGUUUGAGUUUAUCUUUGUUAAUAAAAGUCUUAUAAAAAAGAAAA